AUGACAGAUUCAAAUUGGAAAGUUUCUAUUACAACAUUUAAUUGUGAAAAGGAGUUCCCCGUGGAUCCAUCCUUAGAAAAUGUUCGUUCCCUUAUUAUCAAGCGUUUACUCUUUAAGCAUAGACAUGAAGUGAAGGAUAUAUAUGUCUUUGGAUUUCAAGAACUAGCUCCAAUAUGGGAAGGUUCAUUCCCCAGUAUAAUGAAUUCUUAUACUGAUACGUUAUACCAGUCAAUUGCAUCAGUGUUGCAAACCUUAUUCCCUGCAGAUGAAUUCAAAUUAAUCGGCUCUGAAACUGUGGGUGCAAUAGCAAUGCUUGUUAUUGGCCAUGCCUCCGUGACUGUAAACGAGGUGUUGAAGAAUAAAGUAAGAUGUGGUAUGUUAGACUCCAGCUUGAAAGGUGGUAUUGGAAUGUGUUGUACUCUUCAAAAAAAUGGAGGUGUUAAUGGCACAUUUACGUUCAUUUGCAGUCAUUUGACUGCAAAUGAAGGGGAGAAAAAUAUUAUUAGGAGACGUGAAGAUUUUCAAAGUAUAAUGGACAGUUGUGAUACCCAGUUUGGAGAUUAUAAAGAUUAUCAUGUGUUCUUUUUUGGCGAUCUGAAUUAUAGAGUGAAAGGUUGGAAUCACUUGAAUAACACUGAUUAUUCAAAUGAAGAAACUAUAAAUGAGUUAUUAGGAAACUAUGAAGAAUUCUAUCAUUCCAAGCAAUCAUAUGACACAUAUAAGAACUUCAUAGAGGCCAGAAUCAAUUUUCCUCCAACUUAUAAAUAUUUGCGUGGAUCAUAUAAGUAUAAUACUAAGAGAAUACCGUCUUGGUGUGACAGAAUUCUUUACAGAGCUCCAAAUUUCAAAGAAGAUAUUGAUAAACUCACUGAGGUUUACACAUCUGUCGAUAGAAUCCCUGAAUUACAAUUCACUGACCACCAACCGGUAAUGCUGGUCAUUAACCUUCCACAACUAUCGGAAACUAGAUUAAUUUCUUUAGAACAAGGGCCUAUAGUGAGUAAUCUCCAACCGAAUACACUUGGUGAUGCUGUAGAUAUCAUAAUUGGCUACGCUGGAUGGUUACAGCAUUUAAAGGUUCAUUAUCUGCUUGUCGGAUUGUUCCUUUUAUAUUUACUAUACAUAUUUUUUAUCUAA